AUGGGUCAGCUAGCUCGACCCGCCCCGGUCGCCGCCGCACGGCCCGUGCCGACGCCCGGCAGCGGUCCUGCGCGCGCCGCCAGCGUCGCAGCGGCGCCACCGGGGCGGGACAACGCCGAGCGCGGCGGGGCGCCCCACACCCCCGCCACGGGGGCGACUGCGAUGCCCACACUCCCCCCCGAGGACCUCCGCGGCGACGCCGGCGACGCGAGCAGCCUGAUGCGGCAUCCCGCGUCCUUCUCGGACCGCCUGCGCAUCCACCGCGGGCGCGCGCGGCACUGGGUGAUGCCCGUGUCGGAUCGCGCGCCCCCGCGAGAGUACCAGGUGGCGCUGGUCCGCGAGGCGCUGUUCCAGAACACGCUCGUGUGCCUCCCCACGGGCCUCGGCAAGACGCACGUCGCGGCGGCGGUGAUGUAUAACUUCUACCGUUGGUUCCCGGGGGGCAAGGUGGUCUUCCUGGCGCCGACGAAGCCGCUGGUCGCGCAGCAGAUGCAGGCGUGCCGCGCGAGCACGGGGAUCCCCGAGAGCGCCAUGCGGGAGCUCACGGGCGCGGUGUCGAAGAGCGAGCGCGUCCAGCUGUGGCGCAGCAGCCGCGUGCUGUUCCUGACGCCGCAGACGUUCGACAACGACUGCGAGUGCGCCGUGUGCCCCACCGACGAGGUCGUCUGCGUCGUCGUCGACGAGUGCCACCGCUGCACCACGGCGAAGGCGCCGGGCGUCAAGGGCCUCGGCCAGCUCCUGCGCUUCAACCCCAAGGUGCGCGUGCUGGGCCUGACCGCGACGCCCGGCGACACGCACGCGGCGGUGCGCGCGGUGAUCAGCCACCUGCGCAUCUCGCGCGUGGAGUUCCGGUCCGAGGGCGACGCGGACGUCCGGCAGUACUUCCACGAGAAGUCGCAUGAGAAGGUGGUCGUCGAGGACACGGACCAGCGCGGGCCGCUCAAGGCGCUGCUGGGGCGCGUGGUCGCGCGGCAGUGCCAGGCGUUCAACAGGGACGCCGGGACGGAGCUGUUCGCGGACCUCGGCCCGGACGGCGGCGGCGCAGUGCCGCAGUGCAACAUCUCGAGGGUGAAGCGGAGCAUGGACGGCGCGGAGCUGCCGCCUGUGGAGCGUGCCAGGCUGGAGAGGCGGCUCGGGGGCAUCCGCGCGCUGUGCAACGCGUACGACAUCCUCGGGAGCUUCUCGUUCGGCCAAGCGCUCAAGGCCCUGGAGUCCGGCGUGCAUGGGAGCGCGGUGCGCACGGAGCUCGGCCGCGACGCGGACUACCAGGAGGUCCACCGCGCGCUGUCCGAGCUCACGCUCAGCAACGCGGACAUCCCCAAGGGGCGUGUCUUGAUCGAGGUUCUACUGGAGCACCUCGCGACGCACCGGGCGGCCGGCGACGUCCCGAACAGGGCGCUCGUCUUCACGAGCUUCCGCGAGAGCGUCGCGGAGCUGUGCGCGCUCCUCGAGCGCGAGGGUCGCGGCGUGCUGCUCCCCCAGGGCUUCAUAGGGCAGGGCGACGGCAGCGCGCGCCUCGCGCAGAAGGGCAUGUCGCGCGCCGAGCAGGCGGCCGCGCUCGACGCGUUCCGUGCCGGCCGGUGCAACGUCCUCGUCGCGACGUGCGUCGCCGAGGAGGGGCUCGACAUUCCGAACGUGGACCUCGUCGUGUGUUACGACACGGCGUCGAGCGGGACGCGGCGCGCACAGCGGGCGGGGCGCACGGGGCGGCACGCGGCGGGGCGCGUGGUGUACUUGCUGUCGCAGGACGAGGCCGCGGCGCUGGACAGCAUGAGCGAGGUGGACGCGCACGUGGCGGCGAUGCUGCGCGACCCGGAGGCGGCGUUCGCGGGGGUGCUGUUCGACCGCGCCCCGGGGAUGGUGCCGCGGGAGCUGCGGGACGCGAUGCAGGGCGCGUUCGUGCGCGUGAGCGGCGUGGGCGGCGCAGCGGGGGCAGUGGCGGGAACGGGGGUGGUGGUGGGCGGGGAGGUGGCGCGGGAGGAGGGGGGGCGUGGGAGGCAGGGCGGGAAGAGGCGCGCGGGCGGAGGGAAGUGCCGGCUGUCGGCGGAGGAGGAGGCCGCGCUGACGCGGCAGUAUGGCCUCGGGCUUGCGGACCGGCAGCGGGCGUGGCCGCGUGCGCAGCUGGAGACGUACAUCGACAGGCAGCUGGGCGCGGGGGCGGUGGCGGUGAGCAUCGGGCACUCGCGGAAGACGCACACGUUCCUCGCGCUCCUGCAGGGGAACGCGACCGGGGGGGGUUGCACAUUCGCGGCCGCAGGCACAGCGGGGACGUUCGCCGAGCGGAUGGCGAGCCUACCCGUGCGGUCGCGGAUAGCGCAGCUCGGGCGCGUGCUUGCCGCCGACGCUCCGCCGCCCGCGCAGCCGUCAUCGGACGGCGCACAGAGCUCGGAUGGGGAUGCGCCCACUGGCGCGGACACGAUGGCGCAGGACAUCGGCGGCGGCCGGAGCGAUCUCUCUGAGUAUCCGGGCACGCAGAGCGAGUCUCCGCCGCCGUCUCCGCCCCAUCAGCCGUUCGACUUCCUCCACAUCCCCGCCGACAUGCCAAUGCUCGGCGCGUCGCAGGACGUCGGGUUCGCCGACGACUACUACGAGUCCCCGCCGCCCGUCGCGGACCCGCACUUGCCGCCGGAGGCGCUGCCGGCGGUCCCGUCACCCGCUCGUGCCGGCACGGCGGCGCAGCCGGACAACAUCAACGUGGUCGGCACACGCGCGGCAGCAGAGGAGCCGGUUGCGGCGAGCGCGCCGGGCGGCGCUGUGGAGGCGUCGCAGCAUCCGGCGCCGCUGCCACGCACGCAGCCGACUCCCGACGGCGGGACGCCGGUGCCUUCCUUGUGCGCGUCGGGGGGGCGCGCGCCGAUGACGUUCUUGGAGCUGAUGCGGGCGUCGCAGGCGAGCCUGCAGCGCACCAGCCAGUCUCUUGGCUCCGUGGACGCCCCGACGCACACACCGGCGCCGCGGCCGCGCUCCCUCGCGCCCGUAGACCAGAAUGCCCCCCCGGGACCUGACGACGAACAGCCCGGGCAGAAACGGGCCCGUCCGAGCCAGAACAUCACGCUGUGGUAG